AUGUGCCGGAGUAAGCAUGAUGGAGGAAUGGUGUUUCGUCGCUUUGAGCACUUUAACCAGGUGCUCCUUGCAAAAAUUGGUUGGCGCAUACUUAAUGAGCCACAGUCGCUCCUAGCCCAGGUAUACAAAGGCAAGUACUUCUCGACUAGGACUUUCCUUACGGCUACUGCCCGCUCCCGCCCGUCUUGGGGGUGGCAGAGUAUCCUCCAUGGUAGGCAGUUGUUGGAGUUGGGAUUACGCUGGCAAAUCGGUAAAGGGCAGAAGGCGUCGUUGCUACGUUCCAGCUGGAUCCCUGAUUUACAUCCCCAUCCGCCUGUUUAUAAUCCUCAAGUGUUGCCCGAUGAGGGAGACAUGCAUGUGGCGGAGGUGUUGUAUCAAGGGGAGGGGCGCUGGUGUGACUCUAAACUCAACCAGUGA